CACCCGAAUAAAGAAAAAAAAAAAAAAACUUUCUCUCAAAAUUUUUUUGCCCUAGCGUUCUUUCCCCUCGGCCCCGCCUGCGCCACCAUCCCUUCCCCUUCCGGCCGCUCGCCGAUCGCCAUCAGAAACCCUCGCAGGGCCACACGCCUCCCGAGUCUCGACAUGGAAGAUUGGGUUCUUUAGAACCAUCCUGUAAAGAACCAUCCUCGCCCCGCGAGGCCGAGCAUUGGAAAUUCGGAACCACUCCGGCCGCGCACCACUCGCCAGUCGCCAUCGGAAUCCUCCGCGAGGUCGAGCAUCGGCAGUUCGAAACCACCCCGGCCGCGCACCGCUCGGCCGAGCGCUGCUCACCAUCGGAAGUUUGGAACCACCCCGGCCGCGCGCCGCUCGCCAUCGGAACCCCCCACGUGGCCGCGCACGCAAUCUGGUUUCGAGUUCCGCCGCCGCACGCCCACUUCAUCUGGCGUACUUAUGGCCGAUCGCAAAUUUGUUGAUGAAGACAAGCUGAUAUUAAGAGGAUUGCAGUUCCACGGAUUUCAUGGAGUGAAGCCAGAGGAAAAAAAGCUUGGUCAGAAGUUUGUCGUGGAUGUCGAUGCCUGGUUAGACUUGAGCACUGCUGGUAAAACUGAUGAUCUAUCUGAUACUGUUAGCUACACUGACAUUUAUAGGAUAGUUAGAGAAGUAGUGGAGGGUCCAUCGCAGAAUCUUCUGGAAUCUGUGGCUCAUCUUAUUGUGAAUACCACUCUCCUCAAAUUCCCUCAGAUCUCUGCUGUUCGUGUGAAGGUCGGAAAACCGCAUGUUGCUGUCCAUGGUGUUAUCGAUCACUUAGGUGUUGAGAUACUUCGAUACAAAAAACACGAGAAAAUCGAGUCAACGUGAGAUUUUAUAUUGAGCAUGGUAUUGUACUAAAGUAAACCGAAGUUAAUUUUAUGCAUCUUGUUUUGCAAUGUUUGUUGUCGAGAGGAAGUCGUUAUUCCCUUUGUUAAUUUUUGGUGAUAAAUCUGCUAAUAUCUAAUUGCUAUGUUUCUGCUGCUCC